AUGGGCAACGGACAACAGCUGAAAACGAAAGUUCACGCGAAGGAGAACGCUCCGUGGGGCCCCAUUUAUGUAGGUCCUGCAAGGACGGGCCAAGCUGCAAAGGGGCGUCGGGGUCCAGCGUCCCGGGAUGACUUGCUCGCAGACCAAGGGCUGAAACGCCGCCGAGGAGUUGGCAGAGGCGGAGAGCCCGCCUCCUCUGACUCAGGGGAGGAGAUGCAGCAGCAGCAGCAACGGGAGGAGGACGAGGACGACGGGGACAUGGAGCUGCACGAAGCGGGGGGAAGCGGCAGCAGCAGCAGCGACGAGGGAGACAGCGACGUGGUCAGCGAGGAGGGGAGCGACGGCGAGGAGGAGGAGGAGGAGGAGGGUGAUUUGGGAUCGGAUGCUGACUUGUUGCUGGAUGAAUUUGGGCGGGAAGAAGACGACGACGACGACGAUGAUGAUGAUGAUGGCGGCAUUAAAGGCGGUGAUGAUGAGGACGAUGAAGACGAUGCGACCGGAGUAGAUGGCGAUGAGGGCGAUGACGACGACAGCAGCGGUGACUUGAUGCGAGAUUCCGAUGAGGACGAUGGUGAUGACGAUGGUGGGGACACGGGUGGCGAAGAAGAUGUGGACGCUGACGGUGAAGAUGACAGUGACGGGGGGGACGAUGUCUCGGGCGAUGAGGAAGAUGGAAAUGAGCAGCAGGACGCCCGAAGGAAGUCCGGGUCACAGGCCGGGCCGGCCGCCGCCGCUGACGGCGCCAGCCGCUUCUUGGAGGGUUCUAAAGGCGCUUCCUUUGCCCGAGCCUUCAGCAAACUGCUCAAGACAAAGGCCGCAAAGGCGAAAGCAGCAGACGAAGAAGAAGAAGAAGCGCCCAUUCUGUCGAAGUCCAAGUCGGUGUCCAAGCGGCAGGCAGAGGAGGACGCGGAGGCGGCGGCGAAGCGGGAGGCGAAACGGGCGCGGCUAGAGCGGCGGCGGCGGGGCCACCUGAAGGUUCCUCGUCGCGUCGGUGCUGGGGGAAUCAAUGAGUACGCGAGUCAAGCAGUGUGUAUGACCACGCGCAUGGCCAGGGGCGUCGUGAUGCUCUUCAACGCGAUAGCGACUGCACAGAAGCAAGCCAAGGCGGCAGGUGCCGGCGGAGGCGGCGGCGGCGCGGCAGCCAAGAAACCUGCCAAGCUCAGCAAGGCUUCCUUCCUGGCGCAGCUGCGGGGCACAAGUAACGGCAGCGCCGCGGCCGCUGAAGGCGGCGGCAGUGGCGUGCUGUCCGGUGCCGCCGCAGCGGCGGCGGCCAAGGACGGCAGCACCGGCGGAGGCGCAGCGGCGACGGCACCCGGGUGGAAGGUGUUGCAGGCGGGUUUCAGCGGUGUGUCAGGCGGUGGCAAGAUGAAGGACUGGGACCGGAAGCCGGGGGGCAGUGACGAGGAGGACGCAAAGAACAUGGGGUUGACGGCGGCGGCGGCCUUCUCCUCGGAAAGUGAUGGCGAGGACGGCUGUUGGAAGCAGCCAAACAGUGAGGUGGAAGUUCGGUGCUCAACUCACGGAAAGUACGAUAGGAACACAGAGGUCGAUCGCGGCAGCAGAGGCACUUCACCUCCGGAGAGCCACUGCGAAAUCGCGCGGCUCCGUUUCACAGCUGGGGGGAUCCUGACCGGGACUGCUACCGGCAACUGCACUGCUGUCCAAACCAACCCUACCGUAACCCUUUUUCUCCUCCUCUACGGCCGCCCGGCUGUCGGUGAUCGGAGCGAGGUCGCCGCGUGA